UCAGGAACCACCGGUCAGGAGGAUCAGCUCCAGCUUCUGGAGCAGGGAGCGGCUUCUUUGCCUCAGGGAUGUUGGAAAGCCAGGCUCGUCUUACACUUCUGGUUUUCUUUAGGGAUCUGCUCAUGUCACCGUCCAGUCGCCUGUGUCUCCUCACUAUUGUCGCCCUCAUUCUGCCCAGCAGAGGGCAGACACCAAAAAAUCCCACUUCCACUUUUACAAAGGACCAGACUUCUGUGACUCCUUCUGACUAUGUCCCAGUUCCAGAUCAAACCAGCCCAGGAGUUCAGACCUCCCUUCCCAGGGAAUCUGAUGUAGAAGCCACAGGAAACCAGACAGCAGGCAAAACCAAGACGCAGCAACCGACAGAAACGGCCACCACGAAUCCAGUGACAGAUCCAGGGCCACAAACAAGCAGCAAGAAAGGUACCCCGGACCUCUCCAAGAUCGAGUCUCCCAGCCCAACCAAAAAGUGCAUACGUGAAUCCUACAUUGGGGAUCCACCGGAUUCGAAUGAGGACAACCCCUUCUACUACGAUAAUACCACCCUCCGGAAACGGGGGCUGCUGGUGGCAGCAGUGCUCUUCAUCACAGGAAUUAUCAUCCUCUCUAGUGGAAAGUGUAGACAGUUGUCUCAAUUAUGCCUGAAUCGCCACAGGUGAGUGGGGGCAGCACCCUGAUGGGCACCCCAGCUGGAGCCUCCAUACCACACCAGUUCACCACCCCCUGCCUCCUCCCUCUACCCCAAGAACCUACAGAGUGGUCAACUAAAAGGAUCCUCAAAGGAAGAGGCCACUGGAGGGAGCCAGGCCUAAGUUCUUCCCACCCUGAGGAGAGGGAAGGCAUUGCUGUGACCCUACCUAUCCUGUUCUGAUAAACCCAUAUGCUCUUUCUUCCAUG